AUGGAAGUUUCUUGCCAAUUUGAAGAGAGAAAGAAAGUAACAGAUUCAAUAGAAUAUUGGAUUUCCUCUAGAGGAGAAGGUCAAUAUUUGGUUAUUUUGGGCACUGCUGCUGUGAGGAAGGAAAUCUCUGAUGAGACUAAUCGUGAGACAGGACGAAGCAAACAGAUUUCAUCAGUUCAUAUAUAUAUCUCAGUAUCUAUUCUCCUAAUGGUGGGCUUACUAGGGAAUGAUAACAUUAUUUGCAAUAUCAGAAGACAAUAUACAGAUACAAGAACGCAAGCAAACUUAUGGAAGCUAAAGUCUAACCACAAACAAGAAUUACAUGUUCAUACCGAACAAAUGUCUCUAGUUGUUGAAUGGCGAAGAAGAUCAGAUAUGCUGGAGAGAAUGAUGAAAGCACAUAAAAGUGCUUUCCCAGUGUGGGGAUUCGAGACUCUUGAGAAAUGA